GUCACUCUUAUUCUCAAGCAUCUUGUUUUUGUUUAAACGAAUUUUAUUUUUGUUUUUAGACGCACAAAUAUUGAAUAACUUGAAAUAUGUUGAUGGUAACACGGUGCGCAUUUCUGCUGCUCUCGCUGGUCGUUUGUGGCAGCUGGGCUAUACGUUGUUAUCAGUGCUCCUCGGACCAGGAUCGCAAGGGCCAUGACAGCUGUGGCGCGUACAAGCGCUUCAACAGCACCGAGCACAUUGCCAUCGAAUGCAACAGUGACGAAUCCCACAUGCCAGGCUCCUUUUGCAUGAAGGUUGUCCAGCAGGGACCACGAGGCUUCAUCUGGGAUGGUCGCUGGCGUCAGGUGAUACGACGUUGUGCCUCCGUUUCAGAGACUGGCGUCACGGGAGUUUGCAACUGGGGCGUCUACGAGAACGGCGUGUACUGGGAGGAGUGUUAUUGCUCCAACGACAGCUGCAAUGGCGCCAGCCUCAUAAACAUGCAUAAAUCCCUGCAGCUCUUGCUGGCAUUCAUGCUAAUGGCCGGCACGGCCACGUUUAUGCGCAGCUAGAAAAUAUUUACAUUCCCAUCAGAAAUAAUAACAAAGUGCCUUUUAAAUUUCGCCUUACAACUGUUGGAAGCUGAAUCGAAUGUAGUUUUUAAGCUUAUGUAUUUCUGCUCUUGACAAGAUUCCAAUUGCAUUCCGUCCACAUUUUGUAUUUAAUUUUAAGCUAAAAAAACCUAUACACCGAAUCUCGCAAACAUCAUUUGUGCAUUUUACAAUUCGAAAUAUAUAUAGACAAUAGUU